AUGGCAACCCGUUCCCGGAGCUCCGCUCACCCCCAAUCCCCUCUUGAUCAAGGAGAGCUGGGACCCACUCUUCCGGCAACCACCGAUGAGCCAACAAGCCUCAAACCAGAGGUAUACAGGGAAAUCUCCCUUGGCCAAGCAAUCUCCCUUAUCCUGGGAUUGCAAAACCAAGUCCUCCGGCUCGAGCGGGAACUCAAAGAAACCAAGGAAGCAACCAAGGAAGCCCAAGACUGGAUGGGAGCAGUCAACCAAGCCCUCACUUGCAUUGAGGCUAGGGGUGGAGCCCCACACACACCAGAAGACUGGAAACCACUGGCAGUCAAGGCCACGCCCAGGCCCUUAUCAAAAACCGACACUUUUCCAGCGCCUAGUGCGCCCCUCAUCUCCUGGGCCAACCCCAGUAAAGCUCCCCCUACCUUUGCUCAGCCAACCCCAGUCCAGGCCCCCCCAAGAAGCUAUACUCCCCCUCCACCUUUGCCUAUCCGACUCCGCUCCCCCCAAGUCCCACAGCCAGCGGCCCCUGUAGCCACUUACCAAGCUCCGGUCAAAGUGGACCACCCUGACGCCUAUACAGGGAAGAUAGGGAACAAAGCCCGCCAAUGGCUCACACGGAUGUUGGCAUGGGUACGUCUAAAUCAACGGAUGUUCCCCACGGAUCAGGAGGUCCUGUUGUUCCUCCUGAUGAACAUGAAGGACGUAGCAGGAGCCUGGGCUCACCCCCACCUUGAUCAACUUGGGUCCCACAGGGCCCUUAUCCAAACAGUUGAUGAGUUCAAAACGGAGUUUUUGGCUGCAUUUGGGAACCCGGAUGCCACACGAGCCGCCAAGCGGCAAAUCACACAACUCACUCAGACAGGAACCUGUGCUGAGUAUAUCACAAAGUUUAGGACCAUUGCCAUGGACCUAGACUGGAACGACGCCGCCCUUCGUGGGCAAUUCGCACGUGGCCUCCACUGGGAGGUCAGCCGCCUCAUCGCCACUCAAGAGCGGCGCCCAACCACCCUCCUGGAGCUGCAGAACGCGGCCCUGGUCAUUGAUAACGCCCUCUGCGAGGAGCGUACCAGCCACCCGCCUAAGGGUAGACGCCUCUCUAGCAAUCCCAAUUUUGUCUCUGAGGAGGAGCGAAACCGCCGCCGGGCCAAAGGCCUAUGCAUCAAGUGUGGCAAGCCAGGCCACAAGUUUGCGGAAUGCCGCACUGGCUGGAAAGCCACGCCUAAGGAGGAAGGCGUCAAGAAAGAAGCCGCCAAGGUUGGCAAAGAGUCUGGACCCAAAUUGGGAAAAGACUAA